AUGACCGCCCCUGCCCCUGCAACGCCGCCGCCCAAAGCUGGUCCAGACGCCGGCGAUGGUGACUGCUUCUCGUACGUUCCUCUAUCCCCGUACACGCUCUCCGUCCCAGCCGCUGCGCGCGAAAGCAUCGGAUUCCACAGCUACCUCGUCUCUGGCAACAGCUUCGAUCUGCAAAAGCUUCAAACGAGUUGGUACAGACUGGUAGACGCUUGGCCGGUUCUCGCGGCAAGUAUUGUUUGUGCCUAUUCGACUCCCUCCCCCGUCGGCGGUGGGGGCGCGGACAAGCUCGGAAGCGAUGCUUGGAUCCUGAAGAUUCCCUCAGGGAGACAGCUGAAGAGACUGGCAGCAGCGAAGAGAGCGCCGACAAUCAUAGAGGCCCGGGAUACUGCUGGCACGUCGCCCACCACCGCGGCACCAUCGCCGAGCUUUACCAUCUCCUCCGCUCCGCCUGGAACUCUGAUCAGCACGAUCUUUCCUGGCCGUCUAUCAGGCGAGCUAUCCGCCUCGUCCAUCAGCACUCUCCCCUCUCUCACUCAGUCAGAACUGCACAAGUACGCUCCAAACGCUCCGAACGACGUCAGCAACGAUUUGCUUAUCAAGUCGUCCGCGUCGGACACGGUCUCAAAGAAGCACAGCCUUGUCAGCGUACAUGUCACACUCUUCAACGAUGGUCUGCUUGCAGUGCUCACUGCACCUACAAUAUUCCUCGAUCCAGAUGAUACAAGCGCAUACAGUGCUUUUGCCCUCGAAGACAUUGUGAAUGAGGCGCUUACUCUCACACUAACGCAGCGUUCCAUCUUACCGACACCGUACGGCUGGUUCACCUAUCCGUUCUUCGCUCGUCUAUACUACAGCAUCCGGGAGACCUGGAAUAAUAGCAUCAGAUUUCCAUUAAGUUCAUUCGAGGCACGUGAUGUAUUCGUGCCGACCUCGAUCGUAGAAUCGCUCAUGGGGCAGGCGAAGGCCGACUUGAAGGCAGAGGGGCACAAUGUGGACGGCGAGGAGGGCAGAGUGGAGAAAGAGCAUGUUCUGCUUGCUUGGAUGCUACAGUUGGCAAACAAGGGGAAAGAUCGGGACUCGACAUUGCUGUCGGUACUCGUGCCAGCGAAUCUUCGAAAGCUGAAAGGUCCGAAGGGGAAUGCGUACGUACCAAGUCCUUACUUGGCUGGUAAUUCUGCAUUACCGACCGUCCCGCUCUCCCAAAUUCCAUACCCCACGAUUCUUGCGUCGCGCCUCGGCGUGCUGGCUUUACGCAUUCGCUACGCUCUAGAGUCGCAGGAGAAAUGCGCAAGUACCAUAAUCCAGUGGCAGGUAGCCAACCAUGCACCUAUACUGGGCAGCAAAGCCAAAACGAACACUCAUUAUUUCCCGCCCACGGGCGACGCCUGGACUUUCAGUGCUGAUUGGGUCGUUGGUGGUGCCGGGAACAGUUCUGCAGGAUCCGAAACGGGUGCUGGUAUCGACUUUAGCUUCGCACUCGGAGAUGCAAAAGCCAACGCAGGCGUGGCGACAAGCAUCCCUCUGCCUGAUGCAGGCGCAGACAAAUCAGCGACGGUCACGACAGUGACAGCAAAGAACGGCGCGCUCCUCCACUCGUCCUCGCAUGUGUUUUUUGCAAGCAAGAAAGCCAAGGGCAAUACCCUUGGCGGCCGCAAGCGGUGGACGCUCGCGUUGCCGCGCGCGCUACCAGAUGGCACAGGAUAUUGGAGUGCCGCUGUGCUGCCUUCCAAGAGCGUCUGGCAGAAUGCCAUGGGCUUUGGCGCAGCUACUAGUUCUGGAAAAUGA